AUGCCUCCUAGCACGACUGAAUACAAGAGAGAGAUGGCCCGAAACUCCGUCGAACACCCCGAGACGAGUGUGGACAACCGCGUCAAAAAACGUUACCCAGUGGCUGUACCAAGUUCAAAGAGUUCCUCAUCGAAAAAUCAAAAGCACCGCACCUUCUUUAUGCAAGCUCCUGACGAUGAAGUCAAGAUCAAACAAGAACCCAAAAGCCCUUCAGGCUCAAAACGUAACCUGGAAGCCACCUCGUCUCUAUCCAGCUUGUCUUUCAACAAGAAGAUUAAACAAGAAUCUCCUUCCGGUUUCACUUCCGAGAAGGUGAUUUCCCUUCUCACCUCCGACGAUGUUAUUCCGGAGACCGUCUUCGGCGACUCCGACUCAGAUGGCGAAUCUGAGGUCACGCAUUCCACCCUCCUGGAAGAGUUUUUGGCGGCGUGCGACAUCCCCGGCGAUGACCAAGCCACUCGAACCAUUCUGCGCAAGGCGAAUGUUUUAUCUUGGACUGACUUAGUCCCGAGUGUGCAAAUGACCACUAACGUCUUGACCGGGCAUGGGAUGCCUUUUGACACGGCCAGACGCCUCAUGGAUGGGGCAAAAGAAGCCGAUGACCUACAAAAAAAAGCCUCUUCCUCCAAAUGA